CAUACAGCGAAGAAGUGCAGCAGACGGAGCCAUUUUCGAAAUAAAUGUCAACAGGCCGUCAAAAUACGCGGUUCAAAAAUUUCCUUCACCCCGACUAAACCCGCCACCGUUGGGACUUGAGAUACCUUUGGGAACAUUAGCACACCUUCAAAGAUGCAAUAGCUGAUUGAAACCAGUACUUCCCAGCCUUGACGACCUCUGAAUCUAUGCGAUGGCGCAGGACAACACUGCCAAUACUUCUGGGAACGAUAUUUCAGAUGAGGGAUUAUCCUGCAAUUCUGACGAAGAUGCUGUAAAUCAAGCCGACGUGGAGAAUGAUGACGUUUUGGAACUCAAUCAGUUUGAUGGACUGCCUUAUUCCUCAAGAUUUUACACGUUGCUAAAGGAAAGGAAAAAGCUGCCAGUUUGGAAAGCCAAGUCUGAAUUCAUGAAGGCUUUACUCAACAGCCAGUUUGUUAUUGUCAGUGGCUCUGCCAAAACUGGAAGAAGUUCUCAAAUUCCCCAAUGGUGUGCAGAAUUCUGCCUUUCUGUUCGUUACCAACACGGCAUGGUAGUGUGUACUCAGAUUCAUGGGCAGCAGAGUGUGGAUCUUGCGCUUGAAGUGGCCGACGAGAUGGAUGUCAACAUCGGCCAUGAAGUAGGCUACAGCAUCCCCCUGGAAACAUGCUGCUCCGAUGACACAGUCCUCAGAUACUGCACAGAUGACAUGCUGAUGAGAGAGAUGAUGUCGGACCCCUUGCUGGAGCGCUAUGGUGUCAUUGUGCUGGACCAGGCCCAUCAGAGGACUGUGGCCACUGAUGUGAUCCUGGGUCUGCUCAAGGAAAUCACCUUGCAGAGGCCAGAGCUUCGUGUGGUCCUGCUCACUGCCACUCAAGCUGGCCCCACGCUGUUGGCCCACUGUAGUCGCUCACCCUCAGCAGUCCCCCUGAUCCAACUGGAGAGCCCAAGCGUGGGGGAGGUGGUCUACAGCAGCAGCGAUGGUGGUAGAAGUGGCGGUCACAAGGGAUACUUCUGCUCUGCUCUGCGCCUGGUGCUGGAGAUCCACCACUCCCAGGAGGAAGGGGAUUUGGUUGUGUUUCUUGUCACAGCAGAGGAGAUUAAUCUGGCCUAUGAGAUCCUCUGUAAGGAGGGGUCCAGUUUACCCUCCGCCCUGGGCGAGCUCCUGCCCAUCCCUGUGCACCCUGGCCAACCUGGGAGUCUGCCCAUCCUGGGGGGGGAGGUGGAGGUCAAGAUUCGAAGAGUAUUCCUUACCUGCAGUCCAAAUGAGGAUUUCUUUUGGGCUGUUUGCUCAAUAAACUUUGUCAUUGAUGCAGGACUCCAAGAAAGAUAUGUUCACUCACCAGAGGUCGGUGUGGAUGAUGGGGUAUAUAACCCCAGAAUCAGGGCAAACUCUGUUGUCACUCAGCCAAUAAGCAAAGGUCAAGCUGAGAGUCGUAAACAACUGGCUGGUGCAUCAGGCAAGUGUUUUUGUCUGUACCCAGAAGACAGGCAGCUUCCCCUUGAGUCACGGCCAUACAUCCUGGAGUCUGACAUCAUUUCCACUGCACUCUUCUUGAAGAGGAUGGAGACUGCUGGACUGGGCAACUGUGACUUCAUCAACAAACCAGACCCUGAGAGCCUGAUGCAGGCCCUGGAGGAUCUGGACUACCUGGCAGCCCUGGAUGAUGAUGGUAACUUAUCUGAGAUGGGUAUCAUCAUGUCUGAGCUCCCAUUGGAGCCCCAAAUGGCGAAGACCCUACUGGCUUCCUGCGAGUUUGAUUGUGUCAAUGAGGUGGUCACCAUUGCUGCUAUGUUAACAGUGCCGAGUUGCUUUGUGGUUCCCUCAGCGGAACUGAGGCCUGAGGCUGUCCAGUGUCAUACGAAGUUUCAGCACCCUGAGGGAGAUCACUUCACCCUCAUCAACAUUUACAAGGCCUUCAAACAGAGCCAGCAGGAUCCAUACUGCACUGUGCUGAAGUGGUGUCAGGACUACUACCUGAGCCACACUUCCCUGCUGAUGGCAGAUGCCCGCCGUACUGAGCUUACCAACAUCCUGCAAAGGAUCGAGCUUCCCCUCUCCAUGCCAGCCUUCGGCUCCCGGUCUAACACCCUCAACAUCAAGAGAGCACUACUGGCAGGGUUCUUCAUGCAGGUAGCACGGGAUGUAGAUGGAUCAGGAAAUUACUUCAUUCUGAACCACAAACAUGUGGCUCAGAUCCAUCCUCUGUCUGGAUACGGUUCUGAGACCCCCAAACUGGGCUUGCCAGAAUGGGUACUCUUCCAUGAGUACUCCUUCUCUGAGGAUAACUGCCUCCGUACAGUCUCCCACAUAUCACCAGAUGAGUUUAUUCAGAUGGCACCACAAUAUUUCUUCUACAAUCUUCCAUCUAGUGAGAGCAAGGACAUCCUCCAGAGCAUUUUAGACAGUAAAACAUCUCACUGCCAAGAAAGGAGAGAAGCCCUUACCUUGGAAGAAGAGCCACAGGAAGACCAAGCCUACGACCGGUGUGUCAUACAGUGACGGACUCAAUUUGGUGUUAGGGUGAAAGAUAAAGGAUAUAUUGUGCAGUUAGGUAUGAGGAGAUACACUGUAUAUACCGUGUAUCAGUUGUGUAGUAAACAUGGUUAUAACUGGGUUUAGGAGUUGCUAAAGCUCUUAAAGAACAUUAUCUUCGUGCCCCUCUUGUUAAUGAAUCUGUCAGUUGGCCUAAUGACAGUAACGGAUGUCGGUAUCAUGCUGUGUGUGUAUUUAACGCUGGGUAAAAUCAAAAUUAUGUAUUAAUUUAUACCCUGAAUACAACUUUUAAUAUUUAUACUUUCCUCAUUCAUUUGAUAAAAAUGAUCACUAAAUUGUACAGAAUUGCUUUUAAUGUGCUCUUCAAUAAAUGAAUAUGGAAUGUGUUGGAUUUA